UAUACGGUAGAAGAUUUAUUUUUGUGAUCAUCAGAGUAUAAAUAAAAUAUGCAUGGUUAAUGAAAGGUGUACAAUAACAUUGAAGUAUUUGAUAAACGAUUCGUUUUAAUUCUAUUCGUUAAAGAUCUCUCUGAAUGCGUCAAUUACAUCAUAAGGUCAGUUAUCAACAUUAAGUGCAACGUCAGUAACGCUUUCCUUAAGUGUCAUUUGUCUAGCAGAUCAUAAGAUCAAAAAAUCGCAUAUAAAAGGACAACAAAAAAAUGGAGAAUUCAGGUGCAGUUACAAUUGAAGGGGAAAACUACGAAGUAGUCGAUGAAUGUAUUGAACAAGAGGGUACAUCUAAUAAUACGAAAAAAAGCUCUGUAGAGGAAUCUGUAGGUGUAGAAAAUAAAAAUACAGAUGUUACAUUACCAGAUGAAACCACAACAAAUGAAAACUUAAAAGAAGAUGAAAAUAUAUCACCUGUAGAUUUAACAGACAUGUCGCCAGAUAAUUUGAACAUUAACAAUAAUGAUCAAAGUAAUAUGUUAACUGAAGACAGCAGUUGCUUGCAACAACCAAAUUCAGGCUCAACUGAUUGUACGAACGAUUUGGACCAGUUGAAUGAAAAAAAAGAUGCAACGGAUGAAGAUGUUCUACAUAAUUUAGAUAAAAUUGAACAUGCAAUUUUAGAUUCUUCAGACAUUGAAACAAAACAGAAUACUCAAUCACAAGAAAAGGAUACUUCACCUAAUUCAGAAGACGAUAAAUCUAAAGAAACAUAUGAAAUAGAUAAUAAUAGUAAUAUUGAUCAGAAUACGUCUUGUAAAGAUAAUGUACAUAUCAAUGAAAAUUCUAAUGAAAUAUUAAAAACUGUAAAAGCUGAAGUGAAUGAUUGGUAUGAGAAAAAGCUUGCUGAAAAAGAGGCAAUAAUACUAGAACGGUUGUCAAAAAUGGCUAGAGUUUUAGGCAUUUCUUAUCCAUGUUACGAAAAAUGGUUAGAAUGGGAAGAAAAAGUGAAUGGAACUCCUUUAUGCAAACUGAAACCAGCUCGACAUUGUUGCUUGAAAAAGCCAUAUACCAACCGUUGGAAAUUCAUCUGUAGCAAAAAGAAGGUUCAAGAAGCUGCAGAAAAGAUAAACGAUGCUGAUACUUCUCAUAUAACAAAUACAGGAGCAGUUUGGAAACUGGAACCAAGUGGAGCAUGGGGCGUUAAUAUAAAUAAUGAAAACGAACUUCCACCUUUUGUGUUGCAUUCUGUAAAGAUAUUUGAGGAAUUUCUUCAAACAACAGAACAACCAAUUGACCAGAAUGACACAACUGAAAAUUUCUCUGAUGACAUACCUAUGGAUGGAGAAGUUAAAAAAGAAACGAACAAUGAAUGUAAACAAGACUGGUUAUGGCUAGUAGUACGGUGUAAUAGCAUGGACGAACUCAUGCUAUUUGCCACUGGAAAAAAUAUUACUCGUGCCACAAUGGACUGUUUGAAACAAGUUUAUGAGUCUGGACCAGGAAAAGAUUGUAAUGUGAAAUCACUUUAUUGCAAGUCUACAAAUAAAUGUGAUGAUACUACUGUGACAGAUACAACAUUUUUGGUAGGGUCAGAAGCUUUGGAUGAAAUUGUGGGUGGAAUAAAAGUUCAACUUGCACCUAAAACAAACUUUUGGUCAAAUACUGCAGGAGCAGAAAAUGUAGCAAAUACAGUAAUGAACUUACUUGCACUUGGUCCACACACAACGGUACUUGAAAUAGGUUGUGGUAUUGGCCUCAUUGGAUUAAUGAUGGCAUCGAGAUGUCAACAAGUCAUAGGAGUCGAUUUACCAUCAGAAGUAGAAGAAGCUGAAAUGACGUGUGAAUUAAAUAAUAUAAAAAAUGCGUCAUUUAUUAUGGGAUCUCCAACUGAAGUUGUAAAGAAAAUUAUACCUGCAGUGAGAAAGCGCAGAACAUGUGCAAUACUUAAUGCAAAUACUAAUAUUGGUCGAGCAAUUGAGAUAAUGACUUGUCUCAGAAAAAUCCCAUCUCUUAAACGAAUUGUAAUGAUAACUACAUUGACUAAACAGUCAGUUCGUGCUAUAUUAGAAUUAGCUCGGCCUGUAAAAGGUAAUGGUCAUGGAUCGCCAUUCGUUCCUAUUUUAGCAUGUGUUGUUGAUACUUUACCUAUUGGCCCUCAUUUCGAAGCUGUUAUCUUACUAAAACGACGUAUGAUGUAUAAAUUAAAUCCAAUAUGGUUUAAAAAGAAUUUAGAAGAAAACGCUAAAACACUGGAAGCCAAAAAAAUUAAAGAGAAGACAAACGAACAAAGUACGAAUGAAGCAACUAAAAAGAUAUCGCCGAAAGAAAUUGAAUUACGAACAAAAAAGGAUUUAAAUAAACCAUCGACAAAAUAUCCGAUGAAGAAAUCAAAAGUGCCAGUGAAGAAACCGAUUCACGUAAGAAAUAUCGAAAACACAACUGUUAAAAAUAAAUUCAAGGUAAAACGUUCUCAUUCUCCGGAUAGAGGUGAAGCAACACCAAAGAAAUUAAUAAAAAGAUUUGGUAAAUUUAGUGCUAAACCGUGGCAGACAGAUUUACCAACGAAAAAGAAGAGGGAAUGGAACACAGAAAGCUCGCAGAUGCGUCUUAAUCCGUUGUAUGAGAAAAAAUUACGAGAUCACAAAGAACAAGCCGAUUUAAGAGAAAGAUUAUCUAAUAAUCGACUUGAUACAGAUAUAGCUCAAACAGUAAAAGAGCAUCAAGCACUUUUAGAAAUAGCAAAGGAGAAAUUAAGUGGACCUGCACCAACUGUAGAUGUAAAUACCGCCAAACAGUUACAAAAUAUGUUGAAUAUGGUUUUGGAGCAAACAAAUAAACUUCAGAGUCAACUUCCACGUUCUGUUUGGGAUCGUAUAGCACCAUUAGAGAAUACGUCAGGUCAAAAGGAAGACAAACCAGAGGAUCCUCUCUUGGAAGGUCGAUAUGUACAAGAAAUGGGUACCCAAGAUAUUCUAAUUACAACGAAAAAUCAGUUUUCUGAUAAUGAGGUGUCUAAAACAAAACCCUUUUACAAAAAAUACCAAAAUAUACCACCCUUGGAACCGAAUACGAUAAUGCCAGUAGGACCAUCAAAUGAAUAUAGAAUAAGUAACCCAUUCCGUACAUCACCGGAGCGAUAUGAAACAAACAUACGUCAACAACAAAUUCAGGAAAAUUCCUGGAAUCGAGACAAACAAUUUGAAAGAAAUCGUUGGAAUGAAAUAGGAAAUAUGAGAAAACCAAAUUCACCUGUGAGAAGGCAGAUGUCUCCAAUGAAACAUCGUCUAACCUCUCCAAACAGAUUUUCACCUAAACGUCCUUUGUUAUCUCCACCAAGACGUCCAUGUUCUCCACCUAGAAGGCACUUUUCCCCUAUUCGUCGUCCAUCAUCACCAUUGUAUAGACAACGUUCUCCUUUGAGACGUCCAGUCUCUCCUCCGUUAAGGCGACCUGUGUCUCCACCUAGACGAUUAUCACCACAAAGGCGACCCUUGUCACCGAAACGUAUGUCGUCACCACGACGACUUGAAGUGAUUAUAAAUCGUCCAAUGUCACCAUUAAGACGUCAAAUGUCGCCUUUACGACGACAAAUGUCACCAUUAAAAGCAGAUACGUCUCCGUCAAGGAGACAAGUACUGCUUCCCAGACGACAAAAUAUACCACAAGAAAAGCAACAAAUACCGCCAAUGAGGCGCGCGGAUUCACCACAUAGGUUUCCAUUUGGACGUCCUGCUUCACCUCCAAGAAGACAACAAUCUCCACAAAGACGGCAAAUGUCACCACAGCAACGAUUUGCUGAUGAUUGGGACAUACCUAGCAGAGGAGCGAUUGAACAAAGUACUUGGAUCCGACCUACCGAAAAAUUACAGUUUCAGAAUAUCUGGCAAAGUUUCAAACCGUCAACAUCUACUAACAGUUGGGACCAAAAUUCGUCUAAUGAUAUACGCCGUAAAAAUUUUAAUUUAGAGAAAUGGGAUGCUAAGGAUUCUACUCACGAUGAUACGUGGAAUACUGGUGGAAAUACUUGGAAUUCUAAGCAAAUAUGUUCAAAACCAAUGGUCAAAGAGUCAUGGUCCUUAAAUUCUGAUAACAGAUGGUCAAAUAUGUCUAAUUUACCCGGAACCAGUAAUGACAAUUGGAAUAUUCGUGGAAAAGAAAGUUUUAAUGUUCGCAAAGAUUCUUGGUUGGACAAUAAAAAACAAGGUAGAUGGGAAGCAUAUAAUGUUAAGAGUUCUUGGAAGCACAGCGACAAAGAAGAAUUAAAUGAUUUACCAGAGGAUGCAAGAGAUCCUUGGGGUGAUGAUGGUAAUAAUCUAGGCUUAAAAGAGGGGUGGCUUAAAUUUGAAAAUACUAGUGCAUCAUCCACCUGGGUAAGAGAAAGUGAACAACAGGGAGAUACAUGGUUAAAGAGUAAAGACAAUUGGCAUAACAAAGGAUUAUCUCUUGGUACAAAACCUCAGUGGCAAAAUAAUGGCAAUCAAAAUGUUGGAGAAUCACGUUGGGUUUCUCAAAAUGAUAAUAACAAGAAAAACCCACCAAACACUUGGCAAAGUGGAAAAAAUAUAGGAUCCUGGCAAACACCAGCUACCAAUUUCCAAUCACAACGUUCCUUUUCUACCACCCAGUUCAAGAGUUUUCAUUAA